AUGGCUCCUCCUCACAAGAAUCACAAUUUCCGUCCGGAAAAUGUUUUGAAAAGAGCCGAAGACUUGAUUGGCGUUGGCCAAAGAGAAGCCGCUUUACAAACUUUGUACGAGUUGAUUACCUCCAAGAGAAUCAGAUACUUGCAAGUUGAAGACCUUGAGCCAAUUGCUUCCUUACUCAUCGAAUUAGCCGUGGACUUAAGACGUGGAAAGUUGGCUAAGGAUGCUUUACACCAAUAUAAGAAGAACAUCCAGAUGUCCGAGAACGGAUUAGAAUCUGUUCAAGUCAUUGUUAGAAAGUUCAUUUUAUUGGCAGAAAAGAAGUUGGAUGAGGCCCAAGCUAAGGCCGACAUCAAGAUCGACCAGGAAGAAGACGACGACUUGGAAGCUGCUGAAACCCCAGAAAGCAUCUUGUUGUCAGCCGUGUCUAACACUGAUUCUGCUGACCGUACUGAAAGAGAAUUAGUCACUCCAUGGUUGAGAUUCUUGUGGGAAGCUUUCCGUGCUGUUUUAGAUAUCUUAAGAAACAACUCCAAGUUGGAAGUCACCUACUCUGCUAUUGUUGGCCAAGCUUUCAAGUUCUGUUUGAACUUCAAAAGAAAGGCUGAGUUCAGAAGAUUAUGUGAAUUAUUGAGAGCCCACAUGCAAUCCGUCACUACCCAAACCAAGACUGCUGGAAGUAACGCCAUUGAUUUAUCUGAAAAUGAAACUGUCCAGCGUUACUUGGAACAAAGAUUCUCCCAAUUAAACAUUGCCGUCAAGUUGGAGUUGUGGCAAGAAUCAUUCCGUUCUGUUGAUGAUGUUCACACUUUGAUCACUGCAUCCAAGAAGGCUCCAAAGCCUACCAUGAUGGCCAACUACUACGAAAACUUGGCCAGAAUUUUCGCUGUCUCUGACAACACCUUGUUCCAUGCCGCUGCCUGGAAUAAGUUCUUCAACUUGUAUUCUCAAUCUCCAAAUGCCACCGAUGCCGAAUUGAAUCAUUACGCCUCCACCCUCGUUUUGUCCACUUUGGCCAUUCAGCAAAAGGCUUUGAACAAUAAUGAAACAGUUGUUGACGAACACAAGACCAAAAACUCCAAGUUAUCUUCCUUGUUGAACUUGAACGCUGUCCCAACCAAGGACGGUUUGAUCAAGUCCAUUAUCAACAAGUCUAUUCUUGCUUACGUUGACCCAGCUGUCAAGGAGUUGUUCAACAUCUUGGAAGAAGGCGAAUUCCAUCCAUUGACCAUCAAGAAUAAGGUUGCCCAAGUUUUCGACAAGAUUCAAGAGGACAAGGACUACAAGCAGUACAUUCCAACUUUAACUGAAGUCAUUUUGAUCAGAUUGUACCAGCAAGUCUCUCAAGUCUACGAGACUGUCAAGUUGGACUUCUUGGUCUCCUUGGGUGUUUUUGAAAACCCAGCCUACAGCUUGUCUCCAUUGGAAGUUGAAGACUUGAUUGUCAACGCUGUUAAGGAUGGCCAUUUGUCCUUGACCAUUGACCAUGAAUCUGACGUCGUCACUUUCAAGUCUAACCCAUUCGAAGAAUCUCUUGACGAUACUUUGAGCGACAAGUUGCAGAUUUCUCCUGCUGAAUUGGUCAGAACUCAAAUCUCCAAAUUGGCCUACACUUUAUCUGAAUCCGUCAGAAUUAUUGAUGUCAACUACGAAGCUCGUGCUGAACAAGCUCGUAGCCUUGCUUUGCAACAAGCUAUUGCUGAAAUCGUUAGAGAACAACAAGAACUUGUUGACAGAGCCCAAAUUAUCAAGGAACGUCAAGCCAUUGCUGAAAAGAAGAGACGUGCCGAAGAAGAAGAGGCCGCCAGAAUCAGACAAGAAAAAAUCAUUGCCGACCAAUUGGCUGAACAAGAAAGAUUAGCUGCCGAACAAGAGAGAAAGAACGCCGAGAGAUUGGAGAAGGAAAGAAACAUGAUCAAGGAACGUGAAAAGAGAAAGCUUGCUGAAGAAAUCAAUGCCAAGGGUAUCAUUAAGGUCGAUUUGGACAACUUGGCUGAAUUGGACACCCAAAAGUUGCAACUUAUGCAAAUCGAACAGUUGAACAAGGACAAAAAGGAGUUGGACGACAAGUUGAAGCAUGUUUCUAGAAAGAAUGAUUUCCUCGAAAGAGCUUUCAGAAGAUUCGAAUUGCAAUUGCUCGAAAAGGAUGCUGAAGUCCACAAGACCAAGGAAGUUGAGGACUUCAAAUCCAUCAAUUCCAACAAGGUUGCCAAGGCCAAGGCUGAACACGAGAAGGCACUUGCAUUGAAGGAACGUUUAGAGCGUAUUCUCCCAGACUACUCUCCAUUCAAGGCCAAGAUCGACAAGAAAAACGAAGCUAAGGUUGCCGAGUUGAAGGCUCAAGCUGAAGCCAAGUUCGAAAGGGCCAAGCAAGAACGUAUCGAGAGAGUCAAGCAACAACGUAUCCAAGAAUUGAUCUCCAGACGUGAAAGAGAGAAGAGAGCUGCCCAAGAGGAAGCCGAGAGACAAUCUAAGGAAGCUGCCUUGAAGAAGUGGACCGAUGAAAUGAAGGAACAGAAGGAAAAGGAUGCUGAAAGCUUUAGAAGAAGACAAGAAGUUGAAGCUCAAGCCGCUGCUGCCCAAGCUGAGGCCAAGGCCGCUGCCCAAGCUCCAGCUAAGCCAAUGACUUUCGCUGAAAGAAUGAGAUUGAAGAGAGAAGGUAAGCUUGCAUAA